GCUUCGCGGAGAGGUUAGACGGUUGUAUGUCGGAUUGUCGGUGUUCCGUGAUAUUGUGCAUGUUUCCAUUUAUAAUUGUUCAUUUUCGAAUUGGUUGCUUAUCUGAAUUUUGUCAUCGCAUCGUAUGUGAUUUAUAUUAAUUAUUGUGUUUGUUGAUUACGUUUAUAAAAGUAUUCUGUUGAAGAAGUUUGUGAUAUUUUGCUGAAAAUGGAAUGGAUGUUAACAAUAUUCGAGGAUAUGUCAGGACAGACGUUGUUUUUUGCAUGCAGCAUUGGAUAUGUUAUUUAUUAUCUAUGCCAAGUUGUUAAGCGGCCUGUGCUGGCAUGUUCAGAUGGACCUUUCCGCCAAUUCCUGUUGCGCAACGUACCCUUGCUAAGACAGAAAUUCUGGCCGACCCUAUGGUGCGUGGAGGCGCGGGCGCAAACUGUGCUUGCCAGUCUCUUGCGUUCGAGAUUACUGCCCGUUGUGAAGUACAGACGAGAAAUUUUAACAUUGGCUGACGGUGGCGAAAUUGGGCUCGAUUGGCUAGAAACAGGAUGUGAUCCAAAGUCGCCAGUAAUAUUAAUCCUUCCGGGAUUGACUGGAGAAUCGCAGGCAGAAUAUAUUAAAUGUCUUGCGUUAUCUGCUAACAGCAUAGGUGUUCGCUGUGUUGUAUUCAAUAACCGUGGUCUAGCAGGUGUACAACUAAAGACACCUCGUCUAUAUUGCGCAGCAAACGUUGAUGAUCUCUCUGAAGUAGUGGAACAUGUGCAUACUUUAAAUUCAGAUGUGCAGUUAGGCGCCGUAGGAAUCUCUAUGGGGGCUCUUCUCAUAGGAAAUUAUAUAGCCACAAGAAGCAAAAGGGCAUCUAGUGUUUUAACAGCUGCCAUGAUCAUAUCUGCUCCAUGGAAUGUUUUCAAAGGUACAAAAAGUAUAGAAAAGCCUUAUUUGAACAGUAUGCUUGGUCGCUACUUGGCAUCAAAUUUAUGUACAACAUUGAAACAGUAUAAAACUCAGAUGAUUGGGCCAUGGGACAUGGAUAAAGUCCUGGCAAGCAAAACCAUAAAGGAAUUUGAUGAAAAUUUUACUACAUUGCAUUUUGGUUACAAAAAUAUUGAUGACUAUUAUUCUGCUGCAACUCUACAUGAUAAAAUAGACAAGAUUACAGUACCCUUGUUAUGUCUCAGUGCCGCAGAUGAUCCAUUUCAACCUCUCGAUGCUAUUCCCAUCGAGCAAGCAGAAAAUAGUAGCUAUGUUGCAAUUGCUGUUACAGCCCGUGGAGGGCACAUUGGUUUUAUGGAUGGAUUGUGGCCUUUAACUCAAAAUCAGUAUAUGGCAAGACUCUUUGGCCAAUAUUUUUCUGCUGUUUUUAAUGUCAAUAAUGACAUUAAUUCUUUAAAAAAGAAAAUUCAAGUACCUUAUCAAUGUGAUAGUGUAGAUUUAUAUUCGGCUGUUGCAAGUACUGUUAACUUAUGAUUAUUUAAAGUUGAGCAUAAAAUAGUAUUAUUUUAGUAUCAUU